AUGGACAGAGCUCGAAUUGCAUCCUCUUUGGACUUCACCUGCUGGAACAUCUGGAAGUCGCAUUGUAAGGAGGUCAUGGAAGGUUGUAUUCCAUCCCCGACGGCGACUGUGAUUGCAUCCUCUUCUGCUAUCACUGAUUUUUUGAAGGCAAAAGCUCACACUGUGGCAAUUAGAAGGUUGUCCGUCUCUCCCGAGCAGAGAAUUGACACUUGGUGCCCCCCUUUAACCCCGAAAAUAAAAAUAAACAUUAAUACAGCCUGGUAUGUCGAAUCACAACGAGGUGGCAUUGGAUUAAUUGCUAGAAAUCAUCUCGGAUCUUUUAUUGCAGCCAAGGUGUGUCCUGUACUGCAAAUUUGGCAUUGGAAGUAG